UUAUAUUUCUAUCAAAUAAUAAGCGAAACUUCAAUAAUGAAGACGAAGAGCACCGGCAAGAAGUGGAGGAAACGCCGACUAUUUAUGCGAUCGAUAUCCUAAUCGUAUUAUUUAAUAUUUAUUCAAUUUUAUGCGUUUUAUCGCAAUAUCAAGACUACUGUGAAGGACGCGGAACCGCUGAAUACAAUUACAGACACCCCCGAAGAAAUAAAUUAAAAAUGCUGUGCAAAUCUGAGUGGUGUCUAAUAUUAUUUCCAUUUUACGCCAUUCCCUCACUUUCGCCAUCGCUUCACACAUUGGACCCGAAGGUCACGUAUUCGUCGCAAAUCAAGUCAGACAACACAUGCAAAUGGCCUACCAUUGAGAACUCCGAGUCCAAGUGUCACCUAAUGAUACCCAGGAAUAGUCUCAACACCGAGAACUCCUGUGUCACAAGUAUUGGUAAUUGAAUUAU